AUGGCCAAUCAAAGAGCGCUCCCUCAAAGCAAGGAGAGUCUUCUUCAGAACUACAACAAAAGACUGAAGGAUGAUAUCAGGUCCAUUCUAGACAACCUCACGGAAAUCAUCAAAACCGCAAAGGUAGCUGUAACGUUACUGUGUGGGUGGGUGCGAGUGAGCAAGAGAGCGAGAGAAACAGACAAAGGAGUUUUCUUCUAGUGUUUUUUUUUACUGUUCAACCAAAAUGUGUUGUGUUGUUUUGCUCCAGGUAGAGGAUGAGACACAGGUCUCUCGGGCUACACAGGCUGAGCAGGACCACUAUGAGAUGCACGUCAGAGCAGCCAACAUCGUAAGUACAUGCCAGCCAGACUCCCUCGAGACUAGGAGAGCUUUCCUUCAACUUUAAACCCCAGAGUGUACAGUCGUGGUCAGAAGUUUUGAGAAUGACACAAAUACUAAUUUUCACAAAGUCUGCUGCCUCAGUUUUGAUGAUGGCAAUUUGCAUAUACUCCACAAUGUCAUGAAGAGUGAUCAGAUUAAUUGCAAUUAAUUGCAAAGUCCCUCUUUGCCAUGAAAAUGAACUUAAUCCCAAAAAAACAUUUCCACUGCAUUUCAGUCCUGCCACAAAAGGACCAGCUGCCAUCAUGUCAGUGAUUCUCUCGUUAACACAGGUGAGAGUGUUGACGAGGACACGGCUGGAGAUCACUCUGUCAUGCUGAUUGAGUUAGAAUAACAGACUGGAAGCUUUAAAAGGGUGGUGCUUGAAAUCAUUGUUCUUCCUCUGUUAACCAUGGUUACCUGCAAGGAAACAUGUGCCGUCAUCAUUGCUUUGCACAAAAAGGGCUUAACAGGCAAGGAUAUUGCUGCUAGUAAGAUUGCAUCUAAAUCAACCAUUUAUCGGAUCAUCAAGAACUUGAAGGAGAGCGGUUCAAUUGUUGUGAAGACGGUUCAAUUGUUGUGAAGAAGGCGUCAGGGCGCCCAAGAAAGUCCAGCAAGCGCCAGGACCGUCUCCUAAAGUUGAUUCAGCUGCGGGAUCGGGGCACCACCAGUGCAGAGCUUGCUCAGAAAUGGCAGCAGGCAGGUGUGAGUGCAUCUGCACACACAGUGAGGCGAAGACUUUUGGAGGAUGCCCUGGUGUCAGAAGGGCAGCAAAGAAGCCACUUCUCUCCAGGAAAAACAUCAGGGCCAGACUGAUAUUCUGCAAAAGGUACAGGGAUUGGACUGCUGAGGACUGGGGUAAAGUCAUUUUCUCUGAUGAAUCCCCUUUCUGAUUGUUUGGGGCAUCCGGAAAACACCUUGUCCGGAGAAGACAAGGUGAGCGCUACCAUCAGUCCUGUGUCAUGCCAACAGUAAAGCAUCCUGAGACCAUUCAUGUGUGGGGUUGCUUCUCAGCCAAGGGAGUGGGCUCACUCACAAUUUUGCCUAAGAACACAGCCAUGAAUAAAGAAUGGUACCAACACAUCCUCCGAGAGCAACUUCUCCCAACAAUCCAAGAACAGUUUGGUGACGACCAAUGCCUUUUCCAGCAUGAUGGAGCACCUUGCCAUAAGGCAAAAGUCAUAACUAAGUGGCUCAGGGAACAAAACAUCGACAUUUUUGGUCCAUGGCCAGGAAACUCCCCAGACCUUAAUCCCAUUGAGAACUUGUGGUCGAUCCUCAAGAGGUGGGUGGACAAACAAAACCCACAAAUUCUGACAAACUCCAAGCAUUGAUUAUGCAAGAAUGGGCUGCCAUCAGUCAGGAUGUGGCCCAGAAGUUAAUUGACAGCAUGCCAGGGCGGAUUGCAGAGGUCUUGAAAAAGAAGGGUCAACAUUGCAAAUAUUGACUCUUUGCAUAAACGUAAUGUAAUUGUCAAUAAAAGCCUUUGACACUAAUGGAAUGCUUGUAAUUAUACUUCAGUAUACCAUAGUAACAUCUGACAAAAAUAUCUCAUAAUACUGAAGCAGCGAACUUUGUGAAGACCAAUACUUGUGUCAUUCUCAAAACUUUUGACCACGACUGUAUAUUCAUGUCACUUGCUUAGUGAAGUGAAUGGUCAAAUUGGAAUUCAAACCUGGGGCGUGUUCAUUUGGGCCUGUAAUGGAAAACAUUUGAGAACAUUUUGGAACAGAAAACUCAAAUGAGCAUUUCUUAUUGAACAAUUCCAGGUAGUCCCACCCUGUUUGUCUGUUUCUUCCCCAUUUGGUGCAUAAUGAACAUGACCCUGUAUUGAGUGCAUGUUACAAGGCAAAAGCACCAGUGAUAAUCCCAGUGAUUUGUUGUUGUGUCUGAAGGUGCGUGCGGGCGAGUCCCUGAUGAAGCUAGUGUCGGACCUGAAACAGUUCCUGAUCCUCAACGACUUCCCGUCGGUCAACGAGGCCAUCAGCCUGCAGAACCAGCAGCUGCGCUCGCUGCAGGAGGAGUGCGACAAGAAGCUCACCUCGCUCCGUGAUGAGAUCGCAAUCGACCUGUACGAGCUAGAGGAAGAAUAUUACUCCUCCAGGUACAAGUAGGCUCAUUCUGCACAGUCGCAGUUCAUGUGGUCCACUCUAUCAUGACCUAUUGCCCCUAUUCCCCCUCACCUUCGUGCCUUAUGAAGAGUUGAUCUUACCCCACCACCUCAGUCAUCCCCAUUAGUCCUUUAGUGUCUCUGUAUGUUGCGUCAACUUCAUUAGAAUAUCCAAAUGCUGGUUUCAACAGCAAAAUAGAUGGUUGAUCUAUGGGCAAAGUUCAUUUGCAGUACAUUCACCAUGAGAAAUCUCAUCUCAUUUGGUUGAAAAUUCAAUGAAGUGCCUUGUUUGUAAUGCCUUUUUUUAAAUGUAUGAUAGAUUGUAGGUCUCUACAUGGUAAAUGUUAUACCCAAUCAUAAGUGUGGUUCUAGUGUACACUAUAUACACAAAAGUAUGUGGGCACCCCUUCAAAUUAGUGGAUUCGGCUAUUUCAGCCACACCCGUUGCUGACAGGUGUAUAAAAUCGAGCACACAGCCAUGCAAUCUCCAUAGCCAAACAUUGGCACUAGAAUGGCCUUACUGAAGAGCUCAGUGACUUUCAACGUGGCACCGCCAUAGGAAUCCACCUUUCCAACAAGUCAGUUCGUCACAUUUCUGCCCUGCUAGAGCUGCCCUGGUCAACUGUAAGUGCUGUUAUUGUGAAGUGGAAAUGUCUAGGAGCAACAAGUGGUAGGCCACACAAUCUCACAGAACGGGACCGCAGAAUGCUGAAGAGCGUAGCGCAUAAAAAUUGUCUGUCCUCGGUUGCAACAUUCACUACCAAGUUCUAAACUGCCUCUGGAAGCAACGUCAGCACAAUAACUCUUCGUCGGGAGCUUCAUGAAAUGGGUUUCCAUGGCCGAGCAGCCGCACACAAGCGUCGGCUGGAGUGGACUCUGGAGCAGUGGAAACGCGUUCUCUGGAGUGAUGAAUCACGCUUCACCAUCUAGCUGUCCAACGGCUGAAUCUGGGUUUGGUGGAUGCCAGGAGAACGCUACAUGCCCGAAUGCAUAGUGCCAACUGUAAAGUUUGGUCGAGGAGGAGUAAUGGUUUUUCAUGGUUCGGGCUGUUUUUCAUGGUUCGGGCUAGGCCCUUGAGUUCCAGUGAAGGGAAAUCUGAACGCUACAGCAUACAAAGACAUUCUAGACGAUUCUGUUCUUCCAACUUUGUGGUAACAGUUUGGGGAAGGCCCUUUCCUGUUUCAGCAUGACAAUGCCCUGUGCACAAAGCGAGGUCCAUACAGAAAUGGUUUGUCGAGAUUGGUGUGGAAGAACUUGACUGGCCUGCACAGAGCCCUGACCUCAACCCCAUCGAACACCUUUGGAAUGAAUUGGAACGUCGACUGCGAGCCAGGCCUAAUCGCCCAACAUCAGUGCCCGACAUCACUAAUGCUCUUGUGGCUGAAUGGAAGCAAGUCCCCACAGCAAUGUUCCAACAUCUAUUGGAAAGCCUUCCCAGAAGAGUGGAUGCUGUUAUAGCAGCAAAUGGGGGACCAACUUCAUAUUAAUGCCCAUGAUUUUGGAAUGAGAUGUUCGACGAGCAGGUGUCAACAUACUUUUGGUCAUGUAGUGUAUCGAGUUGCUGUAUUCUUCCUCAGUUCUUUGUAAUAGGCUCAAGUGGAUGUGAUGACUGAGAGAACAUAUACAGUUUAUAGGUAUCUAGGUAACAAAUUCACAAGCUUUACAGUCAGUAUUUGUGGACUGGUGAAUGGAUGUAGUUGUCUGCUCAAAUGUGGAUAGGAUCCUUUAGUAACUAUUCAAUCAUGUAAUUGAAAGAUUUGUGUAAACUCAGAGCAAACUGCUCAGGAAGGAAAGGGAAAUGUAAGAAAAAACAUGUUGUAAAACUAUGCUACUAUCACACAGUCACUGGAAGAUAAUUUCUACAAUCAAAAGUAUAUUGUCUUUCUAACCCUAAUUAUAAAUUGUGGAUGUGUAGGUCCAUAAACCAUUGUGUAAUCACACCAGGCAUUUGUGUUAUUUAUUUUCUAUAGAAUCGUUUUAGACUGGAAGGUGCUAGACAAAUCUAAUCUCUAUGAGGGUUCCAUAAACUUUGCAUUGAACGGAAUCCAGUGUUGUGUCUGUACGAUUUCGUCCCCAGAUAGCCUACAAUUGACCAAGCCAGUAACCGUGAAAACUGUGUUCCCAAAGCAUGCACUGUUGCACACACAUCAACUAUGACAAUAUGUAUUUAGUCUGUGUCAGUGACCUGCAUAGACCAAUGAUGUAUAUAAACCCUGGAUUGCUGAUGCUAUGUAUUGACCAUUGAGAGGCUUUGAAGCCACCAGUCGGCCAUAUUGGCACUCCCUAGUAGGAGCAGUCCUCCAUAGGAAUGAAUGGAAUUCUACAAUAUUUCAAUUAAAUGUUUCAAGGACAAAAUUACAUGUAUUUCAGUGUUUUUGUUGUUGUAGUGGGGACAGUAACAUUAGUCAUCUUUAAAAAUAUAUAUAUUUGUAAGGACUGAAAAUAUAUAAUUUAUGUUUAGCUCACAUAAUAUUAUUUAAAAGUAUGAAAUAAGGUGUCUGUAAUAGAAUAAAUGUGGCAAAAAUGAAUGUAUACAUUAAUAAAUGCAUUUCUAUAACUUCCAAAAAUAUUUUUUACAAUGGUGGGAGAGUGCCAAGAUGGAGGCACCGUGGCUUCAACACAGCACCCUCUAUUGGUAGUCUAGUGUAUAAAUAAUUGGCAUAGACCCAGUCUUUAUCUUUAUAAACACUGAAAAAUAAACUAGAGACAAAACAAUGUAGUUCUCUGUCUAAUUUGUUUACUGUGAGAAAUCUAGCUGUCUCUCUAGAUGCUGCUUUUAUGCAUGCAAGGUGUUGGGGCCCCUCUUUUUCUCUGCCUGUGCAUUUCCUGUUAUUUGCCCUGCAUCAGGACCUAAUGCUUCUUCUGGGAUUAGGAUUACACAGCUAGGUGAUACGAACUAGGAUUGUCACGAUACCAGUAUUGUGUAUCGUGAUACCUGAUUUUCCUUGGCAAAAAGGAAAUCACAAAGCAGACUAAACUCUUUGGUCCUUUAAAAAACCUACUGUAUACAUUUUACAUUUUGAUACCUGAUUUUCCUUGGCAAAAAGGAAAUCACAAAGCAGACUAAACUCUUUGGUCCUUUAAAAAACCUACUGUAUACAUUUUACAUUUUAGUCAUUUAGCAGACGCUCUUAUCCAGAGUGCAUACGUUUUCACUUUUUUCACAUGGGAUUCUGGGUGACAUCAUCAGGCUGUUUGUUUCCAACAUUAGGACUGUUUUCCUCAGGAAAUUCAGUACGCUUCAUGUUUUGUUUCUUUGCCACGAUACCUCUGAGUAUCACAAUACUUGUAUUGUGACAACCCUAAUACCAACAACCACUGUAUCUAACAGUCAGUUACAGAUGACCCAACUCUACAUUUACAUUUAAGUCAUUUAGCAGACCCUCUUAUCCAUAGCGAUUUACAGGAGCAAUUAUGGUUAAGUGCCUUGCUCAAGGGCACAUUGACAGAUUUCUCACCUACUCAUUGACCCUUUGCUCCAGGUCAUGUUUCAUUGAUUGUGUUGCAUUUGGAAAUGGAAACAAAACAAACUGUGUCCAGUUUACCAUCUUUGAGACCGCAUUGCAGCUGUUAAUAGCGAAGACGGACAGGAAUGAAAGACUACAGGCACAUUUAUUUAGGGAUAUGAUCACAGCACCAGACACUAGACCUCCUGGCUAACAUUCCUCUGUAAUCCUUUUAGAGCUUAAGCUUUUACUUCAUACUGCUAUUCCCUGCUUUUUGUGUGCAUCAUUCCUGUGUCUGUCUCUUUAAGGCAUGUGUGUGUCUGUACUCUACCAGAUGUGAGUCAGACACACACCUCUCCUCUCCUUUCUGUGCUUUGCUGAUUCUAUGCCCCUCUAUGGUUUUUGUUCUGGUAAAGCUACGGUCAGUGGGACAGUUCCGACCUGCCCCUAUGUGAGGCCUACCGGCGUUGGGACAGUUGGGCAUCCCCGGACAGGGGUGCCACCUCCGGGUCAGCCCAGGGGGUUGAGGAGGACACAGAUGGACCUGCCUCACAGGAGACCACCCCCAAACACGGGACCAUCACCGCGGCAGACAAGCCCUAA